GUGGACAUCGUGGUCUCUUACAAUUGAAACAAGUUUGAGGAGAUGGAGUCAAACCAAAGUAAAGAUGGCGGCAGGUGCACGUGCACCAAAGCAUUGGUCCAUCUGAACGAGAUGAGAGAGAAGAACCUCUUGUGUGACUCGGUGUUGAGGUUGGAGGACGGCGGCGUCUUUCGAGUCCACAGAGUGAUCCUGUCGAUGCAUAGCGAAUAUUUCAGGACCCUCUUCACGACAACACUGCACACCAGCGAGGAGACUGAUAUUCUUCUCCACGCAGUCAGCUCAGACAUGAUGAACCAGAUACUGGAUUUUGUUUAUUUGCGAGAGGUUGACAUUCACUCCGACAACGCGCGUCAGCUGCUCGUGGAGGCUGACUACUUGUGUAUUCCUGGCGUUACUAAACUCUGCUGCGACUUCCUCAAGAACGCGAUGGACGCCGACAACUGUAUCGGCAUCUUGGUUUUCGCAAGGUUUUACUUCUUCGCCGACCUCGAGACUCACGCUCACCGCUUCGUUCUGCACAACUUCAUGCAAGUGUCUCUGAAGAGCAAAGAACUGCUGGAACUGCCUGUAGAGGAGCUGCAAGCGAUAAUCGAGUCCGAGGAACUGAACGUGAAGGACGAGACAUUUGUGUGGGAGUGCAUUCUCCGGUGGAUCAACCACGACCCGGACAACAGGAAAGGUCACAUCGCGGGCCUUUUGAAGGGCGUCAGACUGGGACUACUUGGCGCAAAGUUCGUCAAGAAGAAGGUGUCAAAGCACCCGUACGUAACGGAAAAUGAGCGGUGCAGACCCGUGAUCUCGGACACGCUCACAUACCUGCCCGACGUGAAAAAGUUGACGAAGAAACACAUGGACUUCGUUAUACCAAGGUUUGCCCCCCCGCGAAACCCACAGGACAUUCUGUUUGUUAUUGGUGGAUGUCGCUACGAAGGGUUUACAAAUGUGAUCGAAGCGUACGACGCACGAGCAGACCGGUGGACUGUGGUAAAGGGCGUCGACUCGAUCGGUGCGGUAGCCUACCAUUGCACGGCAGUAGUCGGUUUCGACAUUUACGUCAUCGGUGGUUUUGGCGUUUCAUGUGUCUGCUUCAACGCUGUUACGAAGAAAUGACGCGAGGUGGCGCCUAUGCAUGAAGGCAGACGCAGUUUAAGUGUGGCAGUUCUGCGAGGUGCAGUGUACGCCAUGGGCGGUUUCUAUGGUGGUCUGCAUCUCAGUACGGCGGAAAGAUACGACUGCGAGACGGACCAGUGGUCUUUGAUCGCUCCCAUGAACACAGGGCGAGAAGAUGCAAGUGCGGCUGUACUGAAUAACAAAAUAUACGUCGCUGGUGGACGUCAUGAUAAGAAUUUUCUAAACUCGGUGGAAGUUUACGACACGGACAUCGACCAAUGGACGUUCGUUGCACCAAUGCUUUCUGGACGUGGGCGUUUUUCUUGUGUCGAGUUCCUGGGCUGUCUGUACGCCGUAGGAGGACACAACAAGACAUCAGACGACCUCAGCACCGAAAAGUAUGACCUCGCCGAAGACAAGUGGACCGAGAUCCCUGGCAUGGUCGUCCAAUCGUCUUGCAUCAAAGUAGAAGUAAUCGACGAUAAAAUCUUUGUCAUCGGUGGAAGUUAUAACCAGGGCUCCGCAUGUGUCGAUGACAAGGAAAUUCGAUGGUACCAGGCGCCAGAGAUGAAAUUUGAUAGAUACUGUCCGUCGACUUGUGUCAUCAAGAACCUCCCGAAUGCAAGCGACUACACCUACAAACUCAGAGACAAAUUAAUGAAGAAGAAACGCAAAAGAAGGAGGAGAAAAGUAAAAUAAAUGUUAGAUUGGGAGAAUCAGUAGUUUGCAGUUGAUUACAACCACGACGAACACAUUAAUUUUAAUUACUUUCCUUAUGAAAAUAAUGUACAAAUUUGAAUUGAUGUAGGAGCUACAAAAAAAUAAGAAGAGAAAUAUUGUUUGCAGCAGAGAAGGAAAAAAUUAUUUCUCGUUAUUUUCUGCUCAAGAAGUCUUAUUGAAAUUAGUUAUUUUACAGACGUUUAAUUUUAUCUAAAAUAUUACCAUCCACCAACACACAGCAGUUUCACCUUGCGUCUUGUAUUAAAUAAAUCCACUUGUGGCGACAUGUUUCGAGCUACGAAACCGUCUUCAUGGUAUUAGG